AUGGCGCUCGCAGUGGCUCCUUGGGCUCCGGGUUUGUGGCGGGCCUGCAACGUGCUCAUGGCAGCCUUCUUCUCCCUGGCCGCUGUCGUGCAGGUCAACGAUCCAGAUGCAGAGUUGUGGGUGACACAGAAGUCUUUCCACAGAGAGAACUUAGAGCAGCUAAUCACAUCUCCUUCAUUACACUAUCCAGGAUAUUCUGUGGUGUACACAAUCCCUGCUGUACUUACCCUGCUUGUUGGGGUUAAUCCUCUUGUCACAGGCAACCUGGUCUGGAAGGGUGUGUCUGCGAUGCACAUGCUGUUUUGCGUGCUGUGGGCUGCUGGCUUGGCAUGCCACUUCUUGCUUUAUGCACAGCACAGCAUCCUAAAUGAGGAAGAAGGCAGGGAGCUGUCUGGCCUGGUGAUCGUCACAGCUUGGAUGGCAUUGUGUCACAGCUCAUCAAAGAACCCAGUUGGUGGAAGAAUGCACUUGGCUAUUGCCGUUGUAAUCGCUCUAUUCCCACUCAUGUCGUGGGUGUACGUGUACAUAAACAAGGAGAUGCGGUCUUCCUGGCCAGCUCACUGCAAGACAGUCAUUUAAAUGACUU